UGUGAGGGUUGUCCAUGAGUCCCUUGUUUGUCCUGAGCAGUUAAACUUCCCACUGUUCUUCAGAAAAAUCCUGCAGGUCCUGCACAUUCUUUACUUUUUCAGCAUAUUCUGUACAUUUAACCCCUUUCCAACAGUGAUGUUGAGAUCCAUCUUUUCACACAGAGGACAACUGAGGGACUCGUACACGACUAUUACAAAAGGUGCAAACAUUCACAGAUGCUCAAGAAGGCAACACGAUACAUUAAGAGCCAGGGGGGUGUAAACUUUUGAACAGGAUACAUAAGAUAUUUACAUUUUUCCCAGAAGACAAAAUAAUAACUAAUUACAUGGAUCAUCCCGUUCAAAACUUCACACCCUCCUGGCUCUUAAUUAAUCUUUUUUUAUUAUUAUUGAAUUUGGGAUUUUGUGUUGAAAGUCUGUAAAGAUUGAAUAGAGAUAUGGUGCAGUGGAAAUGGCAACAAGUCUAUACAGGAACAGAAAUGUAUGUUUAGUUUAAAUUUAUGCUAAGUUACAGUAAUGGUCCCAAGUGAUCUGGAUGUGAUUUAUAACUUAUAUUUUAACAUAUAUUUUGACUGUCUGUAAGUGUGGACACUGUGCAUGAAAGAGUUAAGUAAAAACAAACAAACAAACAAACAAACAAAUUUUUUUAAAAAUCCAGUCUAAACUUGACUGAAUUCACUGAAAACUUAGAACUGCAUGUUUAAUUUAAAAUGAUUUGCUUUAAAACUAGACUAAUCGGUCACCAAACGCAAAUAACACUAAAUAAAUAAACAAAUGAGGAGGAAGAAAAAGAAGAAUAGCCAACGUACUGCUAGUAUACAUUAGUAGAAAAAGAAACAGUAUAAGAAUCAUUUAGCAGACUGUUAUACAGUAAUAUGCAAAAAGUCAUUUAAGAGGGGAAAAAAGACACAAAUUCCCACAAUGCCUUUGCACUAACUUGUUUCCGUUUGUCCAACACCUUAAAUAUGUCCGAGUGGAAACAUAACCCGAAGUAAAUUCUGGUGGUAUUUUAGUUUGCUUUUGUUGCAAAAUAGUGAUGACCUAACAAGCAUGGAAUUAGGAAAAGCUAAACUUCCGAGGACGGGACUCAAUACACUGCUCCAAGCCAUUCAUCCCGUGCAUGGGAUAGCCUGGACGGAUGGGAGACAGGUUUGCCUCACCUCGUUCUACUAUGUUGCCGGUGAGCCUAAAUUUGGCGACACUAAUGUAAUCGGACAGUUUGAACAUGUCUUGGGACUUUUCUGGGGACCUCUGUGUUGUUCGGGGUCUCCUGCUCUGCUCGCGGUACAGCACAAGAAGCAUGUGACGGUGUGGCAGCUUCAGCUGAGUGCCCUCGAGCAGAACAAGCUGCUGUGCACGCAGACGUGUGAAAUGAGUGAGCCUUUCCCACUGCUGUCUCAUGGCUGUGUGUGGCACCCCAAACAAGACAUCCUGGCGAUUUUGACUAAGCAGGAUGCCUCUGUGCUGUUCUCUGUGCGUGUGGAUAAUCGACGAGUGAAGGCGGACAUCCGUGGCAACGGUCUGAUCCACUGUGCAUGCUGGACUAAAGACGGAACCAGACUGGUGGUUGCCAUCGGCAGCGCUCUUCACUCUUAUAUAUGGAACGACAUCCAGAAAAGUCUGGUUGCGUGUUCAUUUUGCCCUGUUUUUGACGUUGGAGGCUAUAUCUGUGCCAUUGAGUCUAUCGAUGAGGCUCAGGUGGCUGUUACAACAGAACUGCCGCUAGAUAAAAUCUGUGGGCUUAAUGCAGGUAUUGCCUUUGACUUGCCGAAUGAAUCAAAGCCAGUGUCUUCUCGUCAGUCUUCUGCUGUAAUGUCAGAAGAUGCUUGCUCAGAAUCCAGGAGAAGGUCCUUUGACUCGGAGCGUUCACUACCUUUAGGGUUCAUUUCUUCCACUGGCCCCACUGACCUUACACAAAUUCUGGCGAAACACCGAAUGUCAGACCCUAGUCCUUUGAUUCACUUGAGGCAACGAGAUCAUUUGACAGGAUCAGGUCAAGACUCGUCACAUUUCAUUUUGGUCAAGUACGAGCGAAAGGUCACAACUACCAGGAAAGUAAGCAUCCCUGGUAUUCUGGUCCCUGACAUCAUGGCCUUUGACCCACAAGGAAACACAGUCGCAGUGGCAUCCAAUACCUGCAGUGUGAUUUUGGUCUACUCCAUCAUGGCAUCCUCCAUGCCCAACGUUCAACAGAUCCACCUGCAGAAGAAUGAAAGACCUAAAGGUUUAUGCUUCCUUAGCAGUAAGAAGAUCCUAGUCAUGCUUGGCCGACAGAAGUCCAACGACCCGACCUUCCUUCCGUCUUCCAACACGGACAAAUACAUCCUCAGGCUCGUAGCUCAGGAGCUGGUGUUUGACGAGGGCACAACUUCGCCAGUUGUCCAGAAGCCUGAGUCGCCGUGCGAUCUCCAUGAGCUUUGGCGUCAUUCAGAGGCCUAUGCUAAAGAUUUUGCAGUGAAGGACCUUGUUCUUCCAGGGGGAUCGGUAAACCUGCCAUCAAAUAUCAGGAAGAGGCUAAUUGAGGAAGUGUGUACCUCAGAGUCAAGCUCAGCCGACUUCUCAGACAGAGCCACUUCCAGCACCUCCUCCAUCACACUGGAAAACUACGAUAUGGAUCAUGUCAAUCGCAUGACUACGCUAGCCAUAGCCAGCCAUGAGUCCACUCGACCGUCUUCCCCUCGAUACACAGCAUCAGAAAAGCUGCUCUCUGAUUCUCCUCUGCUGAAGAACAGUCAGCAGCAGUGUCUGGCAAAAGAGAACAACCACGAACAACUCGCACACAACAUGGAAAGGAUAUUUGCUCGCUUUGCAGAGGUGCAGCAGUGCCUGUCAGAACUCAAAGACUUCACCCAGAAUGGGAAAAAGCUCAUGAGCAGCUACCCACCUGCUUGUGAACCACAGUAUGUCCAUGUUACAUGUCAGACGCAGCUGUCUGAAAAUGUGUACACGGAUGAAAGGAGACCGGUGCUGUUGUGUGAAGGAAGACUCUGUCUCCGAAUCCUGCAGGAACUCUUCAGCCUGACUGUUUUGGAGAUGAUGCAUGGGCCAAUGUGGAUUAUCCUAGUGGCCGAUGCAGACGGGUUUGUACCGCUCACCUUCAAGCACCAGGAGGAGCUCACGAUACGGAGUGCAAAGAGGAAGUUACCCUUCAAGCUCGUCAGCGGGAGUAAUGACCUACCUCUUCAAAAUCACCAAUCAACAAAUGUAGAACAUUGAUCUUGUGCAUUGUAGCCUUUCCAGUCCAAACACUCCCCACUCCACUACUGGAGAUCAAGUUGAAAAGACAAUGCGUCAUAAUGAAUGUUUACAGGGAACUAGUGACUUUGUUGUAUAUAAAGUAAGACCGAGUCUAUUUUUGUACAUCAUCAAGAAACUACUCCAGUGCCUGCUUUUUAUGGUUUAAUGUUUAUUGUUGGUGUAAACACCUGUCAUGCAUCUCAGGUCAAAAGAGAUUGUUGACAAAAAACAUUGUUUAAAAUUGUAAUGAUUUCUUUUCAUAGCACAUC